CCUAUAUAAAGAGUAGACUAACCCAAACAUGUCAGCCUCCAGAAAGUGCAACAUGAGGAAACUUAAACGCAGACAUACCGAAGAGAGUAGCAAUAUAAUCGAAAAAGGCCAAUGGAAACCGGUAGAACUUGACACCAAUUUACUCUCAGAUGGAGAUUUUGAAAGUUUCAUGGGGCUAGAGGUCCUUACUGAUUACGAAGUAUCUGGGGUUAACCAUAGACAGCCACCAGGCCUCUAUUCAAGUGAAAAUGUCUCGCCGAAGACAACGCUGAAACUCGCCAAGAAAAAGAAUAUUAUAAAAACCAAAACUGAAAAUAGCUCUGAAGCAAAGCUCGAAAGUGAGCAGGACUCUGAUGUGUUGCUUUCUAAAAAAGCUAAACUGGAAUUGAAAGGACAAGUUGGAGCUAAGGAGGUAGCAAAAAGAAGAAUUAAAAAAACUCCCAAACAGAAGAUAAUGGAAGAGGUAAAAAGACGGCUAGGCAAGAAACCGAGAAAAAAUGUAGUUGGAGUCAACAUGUCAGCUUGGAAAGAUAUGAGAUUGCCGAAUGUCCUGCUAAAAGCUGUGGCUGACCAAGGCUUCACAAAACCAACACCCAUCCAAUCUGAAACCAUCCCAACAGCCAUCAACAGUAAAAUAGACAUCAUAGGAGCAGCAGAAACUGGAAGUGGCAAGACGCUAGCAUUUGGUCUUCCUGUUCUCAGUCAUAUCCUUCGUAUAAAAUCAAACACUACAAAAAUAGAGAACUUAGCAGAAAAAUCAGCUGAUGAUCAGCCAGGAACAUUUGAGGACAUGCCCACAGGAUCUGAGGGUAUUUCCACAGGCUCCGAUGAGGUGGGGCUUGUUCAUGUUGAAGAUGAUAUUGAAAAUGAGGAUUGGAUGCCAAGAAAAAAAGUUGUGAACAAUGAGGAUAAGUCAUUUAUGUCAUUGAUACUAACUCCAACAAGAGAAUUAGCAGUACAGGUGGCAAAACACCUGAAAAAUGCUGCCAAGUACACAGACAUUAAGAUAGCAGUGGUUGUUGGUGGGAUGGCUGCUGAAAAACAGUUGCGGAUACUCAAGAAGCAACCUGAGAUCAUCGUAGCAACACCUGGUAGAUUAUGGGAAUUAUAUGAAACUGGGGCACCCUACAUCAAGCACAUGGCCCAAGCACGAUUUCUGGUUAUUGAUGAAGCUGACAGAAUGAUUGAGAAGGGUCAUUAUGCAGAGCUGACCAACAUCCUGGACAUUCUUAAUGGAUCCAAGCAUCGUUCUCAACGGCAAACAUUUGUUUUUUCAGCAACGUUGAGUCUUAUUCAUUUAGGCCCAAAUCGGAAAACCUUUCUAAAUCGCUAUAAAACAGAUAAAAAGGAAAAAUUAGAUUCUUUGAUGGAGAAAAUUGGUGUUCGCUCAGAUGCGAAAAUAUUUGAUCUGACAAGAAAACAGGGGACAGUAGAGACGUUAGUAGAAACAAAGAUUGUAUGUGAUGUAAAUGAGAAGGAUGUUUAUUUAUACUAUUUCUUGCUGCAGUAUCCUGGUCGAACCCUCAUUUUCACAAACAGUAUUGAUUGCAUUCGACGUUUGGUGUCUGUUUUUACAAUCCUACAAUGCUGCCCUCUACCUUUGCACUCAUCCAUGCAUCAGCGACAACGGUUAAAGAACUUGGAACGCUUUGCUGCAAACCCGAAGGGGGUGCUACUAGCAACUGAUGUGGCUGCUCGAGGUUUAGAUAUUCCAAAUGUUCAACAUGUUAUACAUUAUCAAGUUCCGCGUACAUCAGAGUCAUAUGUACACAGAAGUGGUAGGACAGCAAGAGCCAGUAAAGAAGGACUUAGUUUGAUGAUGGUCUCACCUGCUGAGGUGUCGUCGUUUAAGCGGGUGUGCAAGACAUUAAACAGAGAUGACCUUCCAAUAUUUCCAACUGAGAUCAGAUAUUUACGAGAGGUGAAAGGUCGUGUUGAUGCUGUUCGUGAGCUUGAAACAAUUGAGCAUCGUUUGGCAAAGAAAAGGCAUCACAAUGAUUGGUUCAUAAAAGCAGCUAAAGAAAUCGAUGUAGAAUUAGACGAUGAUCUUCUACAUCAUGAUUUGGGGAAUGUCCAUCAGCAAAAACAGCAAUCUGCAGAAAUGAAAAGAAUGAAAAAAGAGUUGGCGGCCAUGUUACAGGCACCGAUCUUCCCAAGGGGUGCAUCUCAACUGUACCUGACGGCUGGAGGUCAGCUUGCCGUGCCCUUCAUGCAAGGUUCAGAAAGAAACGCAGAUGCUUUACAGACAGCAAAAGGGAAGUCUGGUACUGAAGGAACAAUUACAACAGUCCAACGAAAACGAAAAAGAAGAUAUAAAAGAAAAUAGAAAAUAUUGAAUGUUUCAAGUGCAAAUAAAAGUUAAAAAGAGCAACUUUGUAUCUUUACUUGAUGGAACAUGAAAAGAUAUAACUUCCUCAGGAUACAAUGUCUGUGAAACAAUACAUUAUGAUUUAAUAUUUUUUUGAUAGGAAAUCUUUCUCAACACGACAAUCUCAGAGGCAGCUCUAAAAGAUCGUAAUUUGUAGCCAACUCGUGGAUGCUUGUGAGUGGAAAAACCUGAGUUGUCUACAACAGGUAAAAAUACCACUACUAGUACUAUACAAGUUAACCAAGAUUACACUUUUUUAAGAAGAUAUAACAGAAAGUAGAAAAUAUAAGAUGUUUCCAGUGCAAAGUGGAUAAUAGAGAGGAGAAGUGGGGAAAGUCUCAAAGAAUGAACUUGUCAAUUUAGAUACAAAUUUUAACAAAGUAAUUCAAUUUUCACUGAUUACAAACAUUUUACUACAAAAAAUUCUUAAAUUGAUUACCAGCCAUUUGAAAAGGAUAUACGAAUAGUAUAUAAACAAGAAUUUUUUUAAAUAUUAUUUUCCUCUGCAACUAACCAAUUCUUAAAAGUUGUCACUGAUUUACAAACUUUUUACUUCAAAAAUUGAUUACCAGCCGUUUUAAAAGGAUAUAUGAAAAGUAUAUAAACAAGAAUAUUUUUAAAUAUUAAUUGUAUUUUCCUCUGCAAAAUCGUAAAAAAUGUUAGUAGCAGGGGAAAGUGUUUGUUAUAACUUUAAUAUUUUACUUAAAUUUACAAACUAUGAUGUAAUCAAUGCAGAUAUUGGAUUUUAUUGUUCCUCUCAGUUGUAUUAGCUCAAUACUAAACAUAGGCCUACAUCUUUUUACAGUAUAUAAUGGUGAAAAUAAAAGUUAAAAAAAGCAA